CCGGUCCUCGUCCUUCCGGCGCGUGGUUGACGUCAUGUCGGCGGGAAUGGUGGCUGCGGGAGCCGCGGCGGCCGAGAAAGCAGCUGAAGCGCGGGGGAAGGAGCUGGAGGCGGCGGUGAACCGGUGGGCCGUCCUCUUCUACGCCCACCAAGCCAUGCGGGCCUUUCGGGCCGGGAACAGCCAAGACUUCCGGCAGCUGCGCGACGUCCUCACCGCCGUGCUCGUGCGCCCGGUGGCCCUGGAAGAACCGAUCCGGCGCCAGCUGCGGAUUAUCCAGCUCCUGUCCCGGCUCGAAGAAGAUUGGACCAUUGAUACAGAAACUGAGCUCACACCUCUUGAAACUGUGCUUGUCCUUCUAGAGAAGAUCAAGGAGGAAUGCCACAUUGAUGUGAAACUAAUAGAGGAAAUAAAGAGAAGAAUAAAGGAAGCUGCAGUUAUCACCUGUGUUAAGAACAAAGAAUAUGAACAUGCCAGCAAAAUCUUAAAGAAACACAUGUCAAAGGAUCCAAGCAGCCAGCAGAUGAGGACAGCAUUGUAUCGCAUCAUCCAAGAGAAAAACUCCUCUCAUCCAGCCAUCUGGGAUUUCUCCUACAAAGCCUUCCAGCAGAGGAUUCUCCUCUUCUUCGAACAGUACUUGGAUGAUUCUGAGCCGUUUCUCCUAGUGAUGGCAAAAAAGGAUUCCGCUGAUAAGACGGAUUCCAAGAAUAGCCCUGUGGGAGCAGCUAACAAGGAGAAAGUGGCUGUUUCAGAGGCCACGCAAGAGACCCCCGAGGCAUCUGGCACAGCAGAUGGAGGCACCGUGGGAAAACUCAAUGAGGCCCCUGGAGGUAGGUCAGAGGUAGGGGCAGAAGGAAGGCCAGAGUCUGGAGCGGGAACCAGGGAAAAAGCAGCAAAAUCUUUGCCAGCACCAGGUACAAGUGAAGAGACCAUUCUAAAAUGUGUGGAGGCAGCCAGCAAGCACACUGAAGCAUCCCCACGUGUGGGUGGAACAUCGGAGACGGACGAGCCCGCUGCCAUCGCUUCCGUGUCUGCGGCUUCCAGGGACUCAAACCAGGGCUCAAGCCUGAAGCCAGCUUCCUACGGGCUUUCUGUGCUGAGAGAAGCCUUCAGGAUUCUUUCUGGUGCCCCGAACUCCGAGGAAGUGUUCUCGCAACUAGACAAGACGGACUGGACUUGUGCCGGGUCCAGCUCGCCUUCCGGGUCCCCCAGAGCCAAGCGCCAGAAGAAGGAAAGAGGAAAUGCCCAGGCCAGGUCCUGCUUCAGCCUGGAGAAGACGAGAUCCCUGCCCUCCAUAAGUGACAUGCUUUUGGGGAAAGAGAGGAAGCAGUUCAGGCAUUCCCCUGCCAGGCACAUCUUGGCCGCAAAACCGCUUGUGACUUUGGGGGUCCAAUCAGCAAAGGGCCGAAAGCCCCCCCCAAGUGCAUGCCCUCCAGCUCCCAGCGCAGCCAAGCCAAGGGCCGCCCCUUCCUCUCUGCCGGAAGAGAAGGCCGCCUGGAGUGACGAGGACGAGUUCUUCAUGGAGCAGCAGUCAGAGGGGUCGACUGGCACCAACAGUUCCAGUACUAGGAGGAAGAUGUGGUCUCCAGAAGAGACUGCGUGGAUCAAGGAAGGCGUGGAGAAGUUUGGGGAGGGGAACUGGAAAGUUAUUUCUCAAGCGUAUCCUUUUAAGGAUCGUACACCUGUGAUGAUCAAGGACCGCUGGCGAACAAUGAAGAAGCUGGGACUUGAUUAAACUGGAAGGCAGGGGCUGGUGGCGUGCCUUAAAUAUUUAUUUAAUAAAAAGUUUAUACUGAACAA